AUGCGCCUCCGAGUGAACGCUAUUGUUGCUGCUACCUUGUUAGCAGUACAGUCUACCGCUAGUGUCAUCCCCCGAAGCGAGAGCACAGAUGCCUGUGGUCAAAUAUAUAAGCGUUUUAAUAACGCUGGGAACAGCUCCAUUGUAAGGAUGCCGGGUGAACUGGGCCUUCAAUGUCUCCAGUCCAUGCCCUUUGAACCAAAACGCGCUGUCGCAUGGGUGAAAGAAUAUCGCAAAUGGCUUCUCUUUCAGUCAGAUCUCGAGAUCUUGAAGAAUCCUCCCUCUGAUUAUCAUAUGCCCGCUACGGACCUCAUUGGAACUCUCGAUAUAAUUGAGAAGAGAGCUGCUGAUAGGGACUAUAAAAACCAAUGGGAAUUUGACACCGACGUGAAAAACAUGAUUAUCUCUGCUUAUGAUGGCCACUUGGGUAUUACGAUGUGUUCAUAUUUGAUCGCUCCGGAGACUAUGAGAUACACGAAUGAUGUACCGCUUGUUUCUGUUUCAACUAACGGGACUGCCAUUCCUGACGUGUACACAUUCGCCGAUGCUGGAUUGUUGAAGUCGCAUAAGGAUAGAGUGUCUCCGAUUGUCUCAAUCAAUGGGGUUGAUGUUGUCACAUACCUGGAAGAAAUUUCGUUGACAACAAACGCUCAGGAUCGUGAUGCAUUAUACAAUACAGUCUUUCCCUCGAACCCAGUGAGCAUUGGUGUUGGAACAUUGAACUUCUUGGAAGGCUCUGGACUUUUCAGUAACCCCGCAAUCUGGCCUGGAGCAGAACGUACCCUUCACUAUGCAAACGGAACAUCUCAAGUUGUUAGAACGGUAUUGGAAGUUACGAAUUGGCAAUGGAAGUCCGGUAAAUCACUAUACAACCAUUGGUGCCUCCCGUCCUCCAAUUCCAAGCGCUCCUUAUCAUCUUCAAAAGUCUCGAAACGUUCAUCAGACUCCAAAAGCCCUUCGGGCUACCCAACUCCGCACUCCAGCACCUUGGAUUUCACUCUGAUGAGUUUCUUCCCUGAGAGCAGCAACCUGAAGGAUGCAGCAGUUCUUGCAAUUCCUACAUUUGAAUGGGUCUUUGGACAGCCCGAUGUGCUCGCCCGGGAUUUCAUCGUCAAGGCUGCUAAGGAGGGAAAAAAGAAAAUGAUCAUCGAUCUCCAAGGCAAUGGAGGUGGCCUCAUUUCAGCAGGCUGGAACUUAUUCCGACUCUUCUUCCCUGAUCAAGAGGUCUACUCCGCAACCCGUUUCCGCGCCCAUGAAGGUAUCAAUUUCAUCGGAGAAGCAGUCGCGCGUUUACCCAUCAACAAUUCCGAUAUCAAGGACAACAUCCUUAACUGGAAGGAAAAUGUCACACCCGAUCAAAAGGAAGGCUUCUCCUCCUGGGCAGACCUUUACGGACCCCAUGAAGUCUUCGGAGUGAACUCUUCCAGCCUAUUCGCAUUCAACCUGUCUAUGGUUUCUACUGCCGCAUCGCAACCCAUUAGCGGAUACGGUGAUGUGCCCCUCAACCCAAAGACCCAGAGCUUCGCGGCUGAGGACAUCAUCAUUAUCACUGAUGGCUACUGCGCCUCCACCUGCACCUUAUUCACAGAGUUGAUGAAGGCCCAGGGCGUCCGCAGUAUCGUCUUCGGUGGACGACCGCAGACUGGUCCCAUGCAGGCUAUGGGUGGUAUUAAGGGUGCAGAGGUAAUGGAUCUCGCCAGUUUGGCCGAGAUCUUGUCUGAUGCGAAGAAACUCGCCAACUCUUCAUCGCUUCUUUCGGACGAGGACUUGGAGAACUGGGAUAAGUACGUACCCAGUCCUCUCAGUGAGUUCCCUUAUGGGAUGAUCGCUGCCGCCGUGAAUCUUCUGAAUUCUUUUGGUCCUGCGAACGAUACUGUCCCCAGGCAAUAUAUUUAUGAAGCAGCUGAGUGUCGUCGUUUUUUCUCGUAUGAUAACAUUGUGGAUCAGGAGACUACUUGGGCAUCUGCUGCUGAUGCUAUGUUUUAUGGUGGUGGGUGUGUGGAGGGCUCUAUAAAUGGGACUGGAAGCCUUUUUCCAGCAUCAGUAUAG